AUGAAUGAAAACAAGUUGGAGAUGAUAUUGUCGAGGAUUGUUGUGUUUUACUUUGUAGCCAUUACGAGAGCUAUUGAGUUAACUUUUGAGUUGCCUGACAAUGCAGAUCAAUGUUUUUUUGAAGAUAUAAAAGCGGGUGUUGAUUGUGUUAUUGAAUAUCAGGUUGUGGCAGGCGGACAGUAUGAUGUAGAUGUGACACUUGAAGAUCAAGAGAGCAAAAUUUUAUAUAAAGGUGUUAAAAAACAUGAAGACACUUUUUCAUGGAAAACUGAAAGAGAAGGAACUUACAAGGUUGCGGAAUUUGCUUUUGUUUGGGAUUAUACGAAGCUAAUAUUUAACAGUUAUGAAUUUUCUACUUUCAGGUAUGUUUCUCGAAUGAGUUUUCAACAUUUUCUCACAAAAUUGUUUAUAUGGAGUGGCAAAAAGGAGACGAGAGUCAGUUCUUUAUUUAUUGCAAGACUCUGCGAGACUAAACUUGAUAUAAAUCUAGACAUCGGUAAAGCACCUUCACGUUUAACAGCAAUGACACAGCUAGACACGUCUGCGCUAGCGAUUGGUGAUCGCCUGAAACUUAUUGGUGAUUACCAAACACAUCAUCGUCUAAGAGAAGCUACAGGACGAAAACGUGCGGAAGACCUAAAUGAACGUGUUUUGUUGUGGUCUUUAGGACAAACUGUAGUUAUCAUUACUUUGGGUAUCGUGCAGACAUGCCAUUUGUAUGGUUCCUCUUUUGGCGCGAUGUAA